CAUACAUAUGGUUAAAUUGACUUAUCUACGCUCCACGCCUCCACCUAUGAGAAAUUGAGUAAAGAAGGUUAAACAAGUAAACUCCAACAAUGAAUGGUGGCGAGGAGAAAAAGAGGUUUUUCGUGGCGGUUCACGUAGGCGCCGGCUACCACUCUCCUUCCAACGACAAACCUCUCAGAUCCGCCAUGAACCGCGCUUGCCUCGCCGCCGCCUCCGUCCUCUCCUCCGGCUCAGGACUCUGCUUAGACGCCGUCGUAGCCGCCAUUCAAGUCUUGGAGGAUGAUCCGAGCACGAAUGCAGGAAGAGGAUCCAAUUUGACAGAAAAUGGCGGUGUGGAAUGUGAUGCCAGUGUCAUGGAUGGAAAAUCUGGAGCAUUUGGUGCUGUUGGUGCUGCUCCAGGUGUGCCAAAUGCUGUCAAAAUUGCUGCAUUAUUGGCUAAGGAGCAAAUCAUGGGGUCUCAAUUGUUGGGUCGAAUUCCACCAAUCUUCUUGGUGGGUGAAGGGGCUCGCGAAUGGGCAAUGUCGAGGGAUAUUGCUUUGCCGGAAAGUAUAGAAGAGGCCAAUGAGUGGCUGGUCACAGAAAAGGCAAAAGCACAAUGGAGAAAGUAUAAAUCUAUGGUUGAAGCAGCUAGAUCAAAGAUAGAGAACUCUUCUCCUGAUGGUGAUUCUUCUGUCUGUCAAAGUGCUGCAAUACCUGAUGCAGAUUGUGCUUUGGAAGAUCGCAUAAUGGACACAGUUGGGGUUAUUUGUGUAGACAAUGAGGGGCAUGUAGCAUCUGGGGCCUCGAGUGGUGGUAUUGCUCUUAAGGUUAGUGGUCGGGUUGGGGUAGCAGCAAUGUAUGGUUCAGGUUGUUGGGCAUCAUCAAAAGGUCUCUUUGGGGCUCCGUUCAUGGCUGGCUGUUGUGUUUCUGGUGCAGGAGAGCAGCUAAUGAAAGGAUUUGCAGCCAGGGAGUGCAUUGUUUCAUUGUCACUCUCACAGUCUGGUGCUGCCUCUGCUUGCACAAAAGUAUUACGCUCUGUUACCGAAGAUAGCAGUCAAUACGGCACUGAUAGCACUGCAGGGAUCUUGGUUGUGCAGUCGGAUUCUUCCACAAAUGACGAAGGAAAAUCAUCAAGGCUGAAAGCUGUAGAGUUUUCAGCUGCUUAUACUUCCUCAUCUUUUGGAGUAGGAUAUUUUGGAAGCUCUAUGGAACGGCCCAAGGUUUCAAUUCUCAGGAGUACAAAACAGCAAAGCAGGACUGCUAUAGAUCAAUUUGGAGCACGGAUAGACCUUUCAAAUCCAUAAUUGUUGUGGCUACUGAUCAAAUUUCAUCCGUGCUGAAGGCUCAAAAUCAUGACAACCGUAGCUAAACUGCAUGAUCGAGACUCUUUGAUUUUCUCAGGAGUUUUAAUAUUCAUUUAUUGUGCAGUGCAUAUCUUAGACAUUUUGAUUAAAAUAAACAUAAGAUCCACUUUGGUUCUCGGAAAAUGGUUCUGAGUUCUGUAAAUUUUGAGGCAUAUCUGAAUAUAAUUUAUUUUUAUUCAUUUAUGUCUAUUAUUUGCUAAUGUUUCAAGAAUUGUCGACUGAAAGGAGCAUUCUAUUGAAGCAAUGCAAAGAGGAAAACAGAUUAAUUGUUAAA